AUGAUCAGCGAGUUCUAUCCAUUGGUAACGCCAUCUAAUGCGGUUCUAGAGGAAGCAAGGAAGGCUAUCUGGGCUAAGAGUCCGGAAAGCUUAUCUUUCAACGUGAUCUGUCUACCAAGUUUACAGAUCUACAAGGCCCCUACCUCUAACGUUAUCACUGGUGGUCUAGUCUUUAGACGUCUAGCUAUAGUCAAUGGGUAUAAUCUAUGUCUACAUAGUUUACCUUACCUGCCCACCAUCUCUAAUGAUAUGUUCACCCUCUAUGAGAAGUCUAUCUGCAAUCUAAAGAUGCUGAAUUCUAUCCGUAUAGAUAGA